AUGGUUCACUUCACCGUCGACGAAAUUCGGGCCCUCAUGGACCGCAAAAAGAACGUGAGGAACAUGUCGGUGAUAGCCCACGUGGACCAUGGCAAGUCGACCCUGACCGACAGUCUGGUGUCGAAGGCGGGCAUCAUCGCGGCUCAGAAGGCGGGCGAAAUGCGAUUUACUGACACUAGGAAAGAUGAACAAGAGCGUUGCAUCACUAUUAAGUCGACUGCUGUCUCUAUGUACUUUGAGCUGGAGGAAAAGGACUUGAUGUACAUUAAGGGCGAGAACCAGCUGGAACAUGAUGGGAAAGUUCCGUUCCGCGGAUUCCUCAUAAAUCUGAUCGAUUCUCCAGGUCACGUUGAUUUCUCUAGCGAGGUAACAGCCGCACUCAGAGUCACCGAUGGCGCCUUGGUAGUUGUAGAUUGCGUUAAUGGCGUUUGCGUUCAAACCGAAACGGUGCUCAGACAAGCCAUCGGCGAGCGAAUCAAGCCGCUAUUGUUUAUGAACAAGAUGGAUCGCGCGCUGCUUGAGUUGCAGCUUCAAUCCGAGGAGCUGUACCAAACUUUUCAACGAAUAGUAGAAAAUAUUAACGUCAUCAUCGCCACUUACGGCGAUGAAACGGGGCCCAUGGGCAACAUUCAAGUCGACCCAGCAAUUGGGAGCGUUGGCUUCGGUUCAGGUCUCCACGGUUGGGCUUUUACCCUGAAGCAGUUUGCCGAAAUGUACGCCGAACGAUUCGGUGUUCAGACUGAGAAACUAAUGCGCAAUUUAUGGGGUGAUCGGUUUUUCAACGCACAAACGAAAAAAUGGCAAAGCAACAAUGAUGGCAAAGCCAAGCGAGGCUUCAACCAAUUCGUGUUGGACCCGAUUUACAAGAUUUUUAAUGCAGUAAUGGGUAUCAAGAAAGACGAAGUGGCUAAACUUUUGGAUAAAUUGAACAUAAAAUUGCCAACUGAAGAGCGCGACCUUGAAGGAAAGUUGCUUCUGAAGGCAAUAAUGCGAAGAUGGUUGCCUGCAGGUGACACAAUGUUGCAGAUGAUCUGCAUUCAUCUACCUAGUCCUGUGACUGCUCAGAAGUACCGAACGGAGCUGUUAUACGAAGGGCCCCAAGACGACGAAGCGGCUAUGGCGAUGAAAAAUUGCGACGUCAACGGCCCAUUGAUGAUGUACAUAAGCAAAAUGGUACCAACUAGCGAUAAAGGUCGUUUCUAUGCAUUCGGUCGUGUGUUUUCUGGCAGAGUAUGUACUGGUAUGAAGACAAGGAUUCAGGGUCCCAAUUUUGUACCUGGAAAAAAAGAAGACCUGUACGAGAAGGCUAUCCAGCGAACUGUCCUGAUGAUGGGUCGUUACGUUGAGCCUAUCGAAGAUGUGCCUUGUGGAAACAUCUGUGGUCUCGUUGGUGUCGAUCAGUACAUUGUUAAAAGCGGCACGAUCACAACCUACAAGGACGCACACAAUCUAAGAGUAGGCAUUUCCUUGCCCUUGUUUGCGAUUAGUCACACGUAUUCGUUGCCACAGGUGAUGAAGUUCAGCGUUAGUCCCGUGGUUCGUGUUGCGGUGGAGCCGCAGAACCCGGCGGACCUGCCAAAACUUGUUGAGGGCUUGAAGCGCCUCGCCAAGUCUGACCCUAUGGUUCAGUGCUUUUUCGAAGAAUCCGGGGAACACAUCGUUGCAGGGGCUGGAGAACUGCAUUUAGAGAUCUGUCUGAAGGAUUUAGAAGAAGAUCACGCUUGUAUUCCAUUGAAAAAGUCUGACCCCGUGGUUUCGUACAGGGAAACAGUCAGCGCCGAGUCUGAUCAGCUCUGUCUGAGCAAGUCUCCCAAUAAGCACAACCGACUGUUCAUGAAAGCGUUGCCAAUGCCUGAAGGAUUGGCUGAAGAUAUCGAUAAAGGAACCAUUAAUCCUCGCGGUGACCUUAAGGAACGAGCCAGGCUCCUUGCAGAGAAGUUCAACAUGGACGCUAACGAAGCAAGAAAGAUUUGGUGCUUUGGACCUGACGGUACAGGUCCAAAUAUAUUGGUUGAUUGUACGAAGGGAGUGCAAUACCUCAACGAAAUUAAGGACUCUGUAGUGGCAGGUUUCCAGUGGGCUACAAAAGAGGGUGUUCUUUGUGAAGAAAAUCUUCGCAGUGUUCGUUUCGACAUUCACGACGUCACGCUACACGCUGACGCCAUUCACCGCGGUGGCGGUCAGAUUAUUCCGACCGCUCGCCGGUGUUUGUAUGCGUCCAUUUUGACCGCUCAGCCUCGUUUGUUGGAGCCAAUCUAUUUGGUAGAAAUUCAGUGUCCUGAAGCAGCUGUCGGUGGAAUAUAUGGUGUGCUCAACAGAAGGAGAGGGCACGUCUUUGAAGAGUCGCAAGUUGCUGGAACGCCUAUGUUCAUCGUUAAAGCGUACUUGCCCGUUAAUGAAUCUUUCGGUAAGUAA